AUGUCUUCAUCACUCUACCACCCGAGGCCGGUGCUGUCCUCACAACGUUAUACACCUUCACCAGACUAUCUUCAAGAUGCUCGACGAACAUAUCACAACAACAGCCGCCUACCUCUGCGGGAGGUCGCCACUAAUGCCCAAUCACACAACUUCAACAGCAUGGUAUCAUGUUACCCAAACACAGUAGGCAUCUCGCCUUCAGUGCCAGCCAGUCUCCCAGCUCCUAUGAUCCCCUCACAAUCAUUUGAGUGCCUGUACCGCGUACCUACACCAAGAAACCAGCCCAGGUACCAGAGAAGACCUCGAAAUGGAGUCAACCCUCUUUACUUCUGGCCAGCAUUCCGUCAGUACCGUAACCGACAAGCACACAAGGACACCCAAAAGGAUAAGGGUGGUGUCUGGAGAAGGGCUGAGCUUGAGGAUGCCUUUGUUGACUCUGUUCUCCUUAUGCCUCAUAUGGGUCGUCGCAAGUUCUCCAUGGGAGGCAAGCUUCACGGCCGCAACAUGCUUAUCAGCGAAUACAUCUUCACCAUCUGUGUUGCCAUCCUUGGUAGCAAAGAGAUUUUCCGAAUCGACAACAGCAACGACAGCAUUGAGCAGAUGGGACGCAAACAAGUCUCAAGCCACAUGCAAGUAGUCAAGAAGUUUUUCGAAGACUUGCGAUGCUUCCACUUUCUCUUCCCUGCUGAAGAGAAGAAGGAGCCUGGCUCUACAAACUCCGAGGACUACUAUGAUGAGGAGGAGCAAGAAUCCUUCAAGUCAAACCCUGUCCUGACUGCUCUUGCAGAAGGCCGAGUGCCUGAUGUCAAGCCCAACUACGAGUACUUCUCACAACUUCUGGCUCUUCAGUCUCUGAUCUCAGUCCGUCCUAAGACGGCAGAGAUUUAUGUCUCUUCUUCUGAGGUCAAGUUCAGAGAUGAGAUUGCAUAUGACGCUCAAGACACUCCUCUCGACAUGGAGUCUUUCCCUCACCUGAACAAGUACAACAACUGUGAUGACAGCCCGAGUGUACUUGGAAAGGAUGUGCUACUCCAUGAGUACACCCGAUCACUGGAUCGAACCACCUCUGCCUGUGCCAAGACGGUUACUCGCCGAUGGCAGAAGGAUGCGCCCGAGAUCUACGAGACUCUCGAUCUCCCCACCCGGGAUGAGGAUUGUCUGCUUCUUGAGAUGUGCGCGACUCUUGAGUUGCAUGAACAUGCUCGUUUCCCUUCAGGUUCUGAGCUCACUGGUUUUGUUGAGGUGGCAAUUACAAACCCCAACCUCCAGAACCACCGCUGGAAGUGUGUGACCCGUCUCACUCGACCAUCUGAGCUUCACAGCGACGAUAAGAAGCAGAGUGUAUACACGAAUGAGACUGGCAUUCACCGACGGGGCUGCAGCGAUUCCAAGACCGAUUGUGAUUGCCACUCACGUCCUCGCCAGGAUAUUCACGUCCCUUUUCCUGCUGUUGAGUGGGCUAGCAUUUUGAGCAUGGCUGUGCAGUACCCCGACGUUGAGCACCAGCGCAAGAAGGAGAAGCGCACAAAGGGCGACGGCAAGAAGAGCGAUCUCGACCGUUCCAGCAGCAAGCGCAAGCGGUCCGAGGACGAUGGUGAUGCCGCCUCUUGGGCUCGCCGCGAUCUGACAGGCAGCGACCUCAUCUGCAAGGUGGCCAUGUACCAGGAGCUCUGGUCGUGUGCGCCCGACUCGAACCGAUGGGUUCGACAGGGCAUUGUGUUCUGGCGAUUCAACACAACCAACCAAUGGUACAAGUACAACCCAGUGUUCAAGCCGGCUGGCACCUCAUGGCGCUGGUUGACGAUUAACGACCCCAUGUCUCGUUACCAUCAACAAAAGGCCCUCGUUUACCCUUCUGCUUCCAUGUCACGCGAUGCCAUUAUGUCCCCUACACCUUCAAUCAACCAGCACAUGACAGCGGCGAUGAACGAGACCUUCGGCUCGGCAUGGGAUACCAGCGGGAGCCUGGCCCAAGUCCCAACAGUGCCUGCGACGAACAAUGGACUCACACUCUUCGAGUCAUUCUCUGGUGGACUUGCCACGCCUCCACCAACAGCGGGACUACAAGGGUCGUACCCGGGCAGCUUUGAACAUGGCAUGCCCCCAAAUACAGGUGUAGGCUUUAUGCCCUCCACUUGCAGCACAGCGGGAGAGAGCCAUCCCAUGCCUGGGCACGGGCACAGCCAAGCUGCUUACUACGGUGCGCAAACAACAAUGGCAGAUCUCAAGCCUGUCAUGUCUACCGUGAACCCCUUCCAGAGCCUAACAACUACCUCGGGACUGGACUUGUCCAGCUCGCUUGUCUACGACAACUCAGAGUGUGACACUGGCCUACAAGGCUGGGAUAUACCGGCGUUGGACGGGUGGUCUACAGGUACCGGCGGCGGACCAGACUGGGGAUCGCACCACAAGGUGGAGUCCAGCAGUGAUCAAACGGCAAUGUGGUCACAGUCACAAUGGGCACAUAUGGCGGGAGCUGAUCGUGACGGUAGCCCGCGGCCGAUGAAGCGAAGAAGGGGUGAUGCUCUCGAAAGCCACGUGCCAGUCACAUUAGCAGCAGGAGGAGGAUGGUGA